CUGGAAACAGCCUGCUGUGGGAGGUGUGAACUUCCACACCCUCCAGUGGUAGUAGUGAAAAGGCUGCUGAAAUAAAGGGGUUUGGUGAUAUUAAGUCUUCUACAAUCAGCAAAAGUCAGUUUUUUCCUCUGUACAGGGACAAACCACAUGUGGUGCUGAUCUAGCUCUUGGGCCCACAGUGGUAUUACUAGAAGUCAACUACUGUUUCUUCUGCUACCAUUAAUGCAAAAUAAGCAACAAGACAGAAACACUAAAAGUGGCAGAACAGUACUGAGAUGUUGACCUGAAAGUAUGCCAAGAAGUUUUGGAUGACUGCUGUCCACACCAAGGAGAUGGUCAGCUGCAACUGCAAAAGGAGGAAGAAGAUAUAAAUCAAAGCAACCACAACCAUGUAGAUUCCCUUCUCUCAUUAGAGAGCUAUUUACAGCUUCUGUCUUCGCAGAUGGAAAACAUGCUAGAGGUGAGGUUACUGGAAGAUAUACAAGUUGCUACUUCUAACAGAGGUCAAGACGCAUCAUCCUCACACCAAAAUGUAAGUUCGACAGAGACACUUCACCGUUUCAGCCCUCACGAUGCCAUGCUACUAAGAACAGACUACUCCACUCACACAAGUUCAGAAACAAGACAUUUACAAAGUCAAGAGUCUUUUUCUCAGUCAAGUUAUAGUAUCACAAAUCCAGAGUCACUUCAUGGGUCAAAUUUGACAGCGUUGCUUUCAGCUGCUGACAUUAGAAACUUAAUGGCCCAUGAUGAUAAUUUUGAUGAAAUUAAACUCAUGUCUUUGGCUUUGGAGAAUGGCUUUAAUACCAUAGAAGUUUCUCAGCAAUUUGAAGAACCUGGCUCAGAUUCAGGAUUGUCUUUGAACUCAAAUCACAGCACCGUCUCUUACGCAGUCAGCAGUGAAGGUGCUGUUGAGUACAGUAAUGGUGUGAAAUCUGCUUCCUUGCUUGGGGUAGGGACUGUUGGAGGCCACUGCCAAGAAUACGCUAAUUACGGGCAUGUGGAAUAUCCAGGUGAUGCAGAGUGUUCUAGAGAAACUACACUUCAGCAGUUUCUUCAUAACUACACUUAUAAUCAGCUGCCAAGUCAAGCAGCACCCGCUCCAGUGCAUCAUCAGCAGAUGUGGAUGAAGAAACCCAAUGAAGUAAAGGAUAGGUGCUAUAAUUCUACUGAUACAAAACUUACCAGUGAUGAAUACCGUGCAAAAGCUCUGAGACUACCAUUUUCAGUUGAUGAAAUUGUGAGCAUGCCUGUAGACUCUUUCAAUGCCAUGAUCACAAAGAAUCAUCUGACAGAUACUCAGGUAUCACUUCUUCGUGACAUCAGACGGAGAGGAAAAAACAAGGUCGCCGCCCAAAACUGUCGGAAACGCAAAAUGAAUGCUAUUCUUAAUUUGGAAGAAGACGUGUGUAAUCUUCAAACACAAAAGGAGAGCCUUAAAAAGGAACACUCUCAGUGCAGCAGAUCAAUCAGCCAGAUGAAGCAGAAGUUAAACAAUUUGUACCAUGACAUCUUCAGUAGACUGAAGGAUGACCAGGGUAGACCUUUUAACCCACGCCAAUAUGUCAUUCAUUGCAGCAGCGAUGGCAGUGUUUUCAUAAUACCCAAACAACUGGUUAAAUCUGAGCAGAAACAAGAUAAUGAAAAAGAGCAGAAACAAAAAGAUGGCCAAAGAUGACUUUAUUUUUCCUGAAAGAGGGAUAAGGAUAUUUGUGUGACGGCCUCAGGUCAGUGACUACAGCAGUACAAACAGAAAAACUACAUUUAAGGAGCAAGAGAACGUUUAAGGGUCUGGCAACAGUGACCUGCUAGAAUGUCUACCAGCUGAUGCGUCUAUGAGGAAAUCUGUUUAGUUUUAAUUAAAUUGAAGGAGCUAGGCCAUCAGUGUAACUGUAGUUAUACAGACAUAUAUAAAACUAGGAAUUUGGUUUCUAGGGAGAACAUGAGUGGGGGAAAAAAAAGCCAGCUUUAGAUCAAAGUUAAACAUGGAAGAAAAACAUGAUUGUUGUGUACUUGAUUCUUGGUUAUAGUUCAAAGUGACCUUACUUUUUUCUUUGUUAAGAAAAAUUGUAGCUCAAAUUCAUCUUAAAAUUCACUGUGGACUUAAGUAUUCCUAAGAGAUACUCUGUGCUUUGCACUUGCUCAGAACGGUUCUGCUUUCCCAGUUUUCCUUCAAGGAAAGAGGCCCAGGAGGCUGUUGUGUUUUUCCUCACUACUUUCACCACCAUAGCUCCAGGCAAACAUAAUGUACCCAUUUAAUUUUACAACUCACAAGGUCCAUCUGCAAAAUAAUCUGAUUCACUAUUGCCUUACCUUAAGCCUCUGCAACUGAAACACUGUCUACUUUCUUCAGUGAAAAUGAGUGAUUGUGAAUGAGUUCCUGUUCUGUUUCCUAGUCCAUGAUAUAUUUACUCAUGUACUUUCCUACCCCUAUUUGAAUACCUUCCUCUAGGAGAAAUAUUGAAGGUUUUUAGCUUUUUAAAACUGGUAAUUUUUAAUU